CCACAGCAGCCGCCUCCGGGAGCUUCUGAGGAGGCGCGGGCCGUUGCAGGCUGGGGUGCUGCAGUGCGCCGUCCGGAGCCCCUGGACGAGGCCCAGGGAGCCGCUCGCCCAGACCCCGCCGCCCGAUGUCCUCAAGAUGGAGGCAGGGGGGAGGGCGGCGUGAAGAAAGCGGCGCUGUGGGCGCGGGGGCCAGGGCGCGGGCGCUCCGGGCGGAGGCGGUGGCGGGAUGGGGCUGCUGCUCAUGAUCCUGGCGUCGGCCGUGCUGGGCUCCUUCCUCACGCUGCUCACCCAGUUCCUGCUGCUUUACCGCAAACAGCCUGAGCCGCCGCCGGACGAGGCCGCCCGCGCGGCCGACGGCUUCCGCUACAUCAAGCCGGUGCCGGACCUGGCCCUGAGAGAGUACCUUUAUGGCGGCGGCGGGGCUGAGGAGCCCUCCGGCGGGCCACCCGAGGGCGGCACGACUCCGGCCCCCGAGACCCCCGCCCCGCCGACGCGGGAGACCUGCUACUUCCUCAACGCCACCAUCCUGUUCCUGUUCCGGGAGCUGCGGGACACCGCGCUGGCCCGCCGCUGGGUCACCAAGAAGAUCAAGGUGGAGUUCGAGGAGCUGCUGCAGACCAAGACGGCCGGGCGCCUGCUGGAGGGGCUGAGCCUGCGGGACGUGUUCCUGGGCGAGACCGUGCCCUUCAUCAAGACCAUCCGGCUCGUCCGGCCCGUGGUGCCCUCGGCCACCGGGGAGCCCGACGUUCCUGAGGGGGAGGCGCUGCCCGCCACCUCCCCCGAGGAGCUGGCCUUCGAGGCGGAGGUGGAGUACAGCGGGGGCUUCCACCUGGCCAUCGACGUGGACUUGGUCUUCGGCAAGUCCGCCUACCUGUUCGUCAAGCUGUCCCGGGUGGUGGGGAGGCUGCGCUUCGUCCUCACCCGCGUGCCCUUCACCCACUGGUUCUUCUCCUUCGUGGAGGACCCGCUGAUCGACUUCGAGGUGCGCUCCCAGUUCGAAGGGCGGCCCAUGCCCCAGCUCACCUCCAUCAUCGUCAACCAGCUCAAGAAGGUCAUCAAGCGCAAGCACACCCUCCCGAGUUACAAGAUCAGGUUUAAGCCGUUUUUCCCAUUCCAAACCUUGCAAGGAUUCGAAGAAGAUGAUGAAGAGCAUAUCCAUAUACAACAAUGGGCACUUACUGAAGGCCGCCUUAAAGUUACAUUGUUAGAAUGUAGCAGGUUACUUAUUUUUGGAUCCUAUGACAGAGAGGCAAAUAUUCAUUGCACACUUGAGCUGAGCAGUGGCGUUUGGGAAGAAAAACAAAGGAGUUCUAUUAAGACGGUUGAAUUAAUAAAGGGGAAUUUACAAAGUGUCGGACUUACACUUCGUCUUGUCCAGUCAGCUGACGGGUAUGCUGGGCAUGUCAUAAUUGAGACCGUGGCCCCAAACUCACCUGCUGCAAUUGCUGAUCUUCAGCGGGGAGAUCGACUGAUUGCUAUUGGAGGUGUGAAAAUCACAUCUACACUGCAAGUGUUGAAGCUUAUCAAGCAGGCUGGUGACCGAGUCCUGGUAUAUUAUGAAAGGCCUGUUGGCCAGAGUAACCAGGGUGCAGUGCUGCAAGAUAACUUUGGACAAUUGGAAGACAACUUUCUGUCAGGCUCAUGCCAACCAAACUAUGAAGAGGAAACAAGUGGGUUGGCAGUAGAUGCUGAAAACAGAGACCUGGAUUCUGAAUUUGAAGACUUAGCAAGUGAUGUGAGAGCACAAACUGAGGUCAAAGAUGAGGCACAGUCAUUAAGUCACAGUCCCAAACGUACUCCAACAACACUUUCUGUGAAACCCCUUGGAACUAUAUCACCAGUUUUAAACCGUAAAUUAGUUGUAGGAAGUUACCCACCACCCCCAAAACUUCCAUCCAAAGAAGGAAAUAAGCCCUUGGCCCUAAAAUCUUCUGAGAUAACAGAACCAGCACAAGUGUCAAAACCCACCCAAGGAUCCACUUUCAAACCACCUGUGCCACCACGACCGCAAGUCAAAGUUCCUUUGCCUUCUGCUGAUGCCCCAAAUCAGGCAGAACCAGAUAUUCUCGUUGAAAAGCCAGAGAAGGUGCUGCCACCGCCUGCUGGAGAUAAACCUGCUGAAAAGCAAGCGAAAAAUCUGGAUCACGUAGAAGAAGCAGCUGCAGCUAAGCAGUUUUUAGCAAAGCAAGAAGUGGCAAAAGAUUUGACUUCAGAAAGUUCCUGCCCUCCUAAGGACAGUUCAGAUGACCAUCAAACAUGGGAAUCAUCAGAAAUUCUUUAUCGUAAUAAGCUCGGAAAAUGGACAAGAACCAGAGCCAGCUGUCUCUUUGACAUAGAAGCCUGCCACAGGUACUUAAACAUCGCACUGUGGUGCAGGGAUCCUUUCAAAUUAGGGGGUCUCAUCUGUUUGGGGCAUGUCAGCUUAAAACUUGAAGAGGUGGCUUUAGGAUGCUUAGCUACAUCGAACAUGGAAUACCUUUCCAAAUUCAGACUGGAAGCCCCAUCACCUAAGGCCAUGGUCACGAGAACCGCGCUACGUAAUCUGAGUAUGCAGAAGGGGUUCAAUGACAAAUUUUGUUUCGGUGAUAUUACUGUUCACUUCAAAUAUCUGAAAGAAGGAGAGCCAGACCACCAUGUAGUUACUAACUUAGAGAAAGAAAAAGAACUCCAUUUGGUCGAAGAGGUUUCUGCCCUACCUAAAGAGGAGCACUUUGUUGGACAGAUGGGUUUAACAGAAAAUAAACAUAGUUUCCAGGAUACUCAGUUCCAGAACCCAACUUGGUGUGAUUACUGUAAGAAAAAAGUUUGGACUAAAGCUGCUUCCCAGUGUAUGUUCUGUGCUUAUGUUUGCCAUAAAAAAUGUCAGGAAAAGUGUCUAGCCGAGACUCCUCUUUGUGGAGCAACUGAACAACGGAUAGACCGGGCCCUGAAAAAUCUCAGGCUGGAAGGACAAGAAACCCUCUUAGGCCUGCCCCCUCGUGUUGAUGCUGAAGCUGGGAAGUCAGUCAACAGAACAACAGGUUUGACAAGACAUAUUAUCAAUACGAGCUCUCGUUUGUUAAAUCUGCGUCAAGUCUCUAAAACGCGCCUUUCUGAGCCAGGAACUGAUCUAGUAGAACCUUCACCAAAACACACACCCAACACAUCAGACAACGAAGGCAGUGACACAGAGAUCUGUGGCCCAAACAGCCCUUCUAAACGGGGCAACAACACAGGAAUAAAAUUAGUGAGAAAGGAGGGUGGUCUGGAUGACAGCGUUUUCAUUGCAGUUAAAGAAAUCGGUCGUGAUCUGUACAGGGGGUUGCCUACAGAGGAGAGGAUCCAGAAACUAGAGUUCAUGCUAGAUAAACUGCAGAAUGAAAUUGAUCAGGAGUUGGAACAUAAUAAUUCCCUUGUUAGAGAGGAAAAAGAGACAACAGAUACGAGGAAAAAAUCACUUCUUUCUGCUGCUUUGGCUAAAUCAGGUGAAAGACUGCAAGCUCUAACACUUCUUAUGAUCCACUACAGAGCAGGCAUUGAAGAUAUUGAAUCUUUAGAAAGUCUGUCCUUAGACCAGCACUCCAAAAAAAUAAGCAAGUACACAGAUGAUACGGAAGAAGACCUUGAUAGUGAAAUAACCCAACUAAUAGACUCUCAGCCAUUCAGUAGCAUAUCAGAUGACUUAUUUGGCCCAUCUGAGUCUGUGUAACAGUCUGUUUAAACUUUCAAGUGAUUGAGGAAAAGUUGCAUCUAAAGUACCACAGAUAACCACAUUUAAACCCUCAUUAUGCACUUUGGCCUGCUUCUUCACAGUUAUUUGCUUGUGUAAGAACUAGAGUGGAAAAGGUGGUUUUCCAGCAAAAACAUAACCAGCUCACUAAAUUGGUUGUUUCAGAUUGCAUUUAUAGCUAUGCUUUUUGGGUUUAUACUGGGAAUUUAUUUUUACUAAUUUAUUUUUAACUUUUUCUAAUUAUGUAAUUAUGUAAGCUGACUUUUCGUGUUUAUGUAGGUGUGAUGUCUCAUUGUGUUUUUUUUCUUCCUCUUCCUAGUUUUUGAAUUAGUGUUGAAUAGGAUACUGUCCAGAUUCUUGAAAUAUUUUCAUUUCCAUCACAGUUAGAACAACAAAUUUGCUGCAUGCCCAAAUUGACAACAGCAGUCAUUGAGGGAACAGGUUUUGAAUCUUUGUGUUAUGAAGUUUGUCAUAUCUACUUGCUUGAGAGUUUUGUUAUUUUGGGGUUUGGGGGAGUGCUUUUUGUUUUGAUUUUGCCAAAUGUAACAUGAAAGCAGAUGCCGCAGCUUUAGUUAGUUAUGCUGAUUUAGUAAAAAAAAAAAAAAAAAAAAGUUUUACAUAUAGUUUGUUUUUUAUGCUUUUGUGAAAUUUUUUUCUAAAGUUUAUGUGCAAUUUAAGUAUAGUGAGAAUAUAGUGAAUAAUUUGAAGAGCUUGCAUUGAAAAACAAAAUGCAAUAGGGAAUAAAUACAGAAUGCAGUUGGUCAAGAAUUUUGAGAGGAUGACCAGAUUACUAAAACAAACAAAAAAACACAGGAACCAGUUGGAUUUUGAAAUAUAAUCUUUCAAAAUGUUGACAUUUGCCUUUCAAAUGGAAGUACUAAACAUUUAUGAUUAUUUUUCAUCUUCAGUUCUCCCAUAGGAAAUAAAGCAUGUAGAUAUUUGAAGUUUCAGAGGACUGUUCUUAAAAUGACCUUGUUGAUAUCUGGUUUGGCUGUUUUGUUUUAGAAGAAUAGUCAUGCAUGAGAAUGCUGUAAGGGAGAGGAAUCAUGCAAAAUAGAUUUAUUGCUUUGUCUGACAUCCUACAGGCUUAAAGGAAUGGUGAUCGUUCUGAAUGCUUCUGUAGUUCAGACUGUCUUAUUAAAAAAAAAAUUACACAGCAUAGCUACAUAGGAAUUGGAACCAUUUCUCUUAAAAUGAAGGUCUAGUCUGAUACUCAGGCCAUCGUGUGGAUCCCAAUAACACAGGACUGAGGGAAAACACGUGAGCAUGACCUCUGUUGGUAUACCAUAAAAGUUUUCGCCUUUUAUAUUUCUAUAAAAUAGAUAUGUACAUGUUUUUCCCUUUUGUAGGUAACUACUAUGAUAAUUGCUAUAUAGUGAAACUGACAUGAAUUUAAGACUAGAUGGCAGUUUUUAUGGCUGGCAGGAAAAGGCAUAGUAUAACAGUAAGGAUUCUGGCCCAGGUCUGUAACCCAGGACUCCAUACAAGAGUUUAAGUUCAAGCUCUUCUGUUGGCCAUUAGUGAACUGUGUAACCAUAGGCAAGCCACGAAAGGGCUCCAGGCUGUAGGCUCCCCAGCUAUAAAGGAGGAAUAAACAAAACUUAUUCUACCUCACAGGAUUGUUGUGAGGAAAACAACAGCAUAACUGCAAAAGUUCUCUGAACAGUAAAAAGCUAUUGAAAUAAAAGGGUUAUAUGGAUGAUAAAAACAUUUUUAUGGGUAGAAAAGCCACUCCACUUUUAAAAUCAAUAGCCAGUUCUCAUUCUUGCUAUUUUAUUAUUAAGUAAAAUAUUAGGAAACUAAAUACCUUUCUUGGCCAAGUUUAUAACAAAAAUAUAUCUGUGUAUACCCCCCAUUUUUGUUUAAACAUGCUUGCAUUUUAAAAGAACACUGCCGUAGAAGUCUUUAUACACCAAAUUCACUGAAAGCUAAAAUGUUGUUCUAUAACAAUAGCUUGAAACAAUCUGCCCAAUGUAAUAACCAACUGUCAUCUUAUCAUAAAAAAUCACUUACCACUGACAACCUGGAAGGCAGAGUAAGUGGCUGGUGGUUUUGGAUUAUACCACGGAAGUUUUAGUGACAUCCAAGCAUGCUGCUGAAACUGAUGCAUUUGAAAGCGCUGUAGAAAUAAUGCAAAACUUUGGUUUCAUAAAAAUCUACUCAUGUUUUAAAAGUAUUUAACUCUGUAGAACCACAAUUAUGGAAAGCUCAGUAAUGCUGCUAAUGAUAUUCGUAAAAUAUACCUUCAAUGUAGUGCAAUAUUUUUCUAUUUACUGGGAGAGGCAGUAGAGGCAUCACAGUUGUAGUUUCGUGCAAG